CGCGUUAAUAGCAAACCAACAGGGCGGAUGGCAUACGCUGACGUGCCCUAAUCCUUCAGGGAAAGGGCUUCGGUACCCCCCCCUCCUAUAAAUCUGCCCAAUCCUCGCCUCUCUUACCGUCCAUUCCUCCGAGCUCAGAUCGUCGAUCUGGCCGUCGAUCGCAUCCGAGGAUGGCUAAUGAUUUCCAUGAGCUAAUGCUGGAGAGAUGUAGUAAGUAGACAUCAAUUAUCAACAAGCGCUUGGAUUUUGUAACCUCAUCUGCUCUAGAAGAUUAAAGAUGAAGGUUAAUGGUGGAGUCGCAAAAGCAGUUAACUGGAGUCGUAGGUCUCUAAAAUAGUGGUAAACAUCAUGAGCCGUAUUUCUCAGGAAGUCAAAAGCCAUAACUAAUACCAUUGCACAUUGCCAAAGUCGAGGGGGUGAACAUUGAAGCUUCUUUUAUGUCUGAGCAAGUCUCUCUCUUUUUGGUAUUAAUCGGAUUGCUUGGAGAAUAUUCUCCGACCGCUAGAAGGGAAAGGCUCUUUUGGGGGAGUUUUAGCUGCAUGCAUUACAGGUCACAUCAGCAUUCCGCACCACUUUUGGGUUGCUACUGCACGCAACCUCUUCUGAUCACGGGGGACUUUGCUGGUGUUUGUGAAGGAAAGGACAGCAUUGCCACUAUCAGUUCUUGCUACCUUUGACAGACCUUAUUUGUCUUACCAAAGAAUCAGCUUAGUGAAUAUGGCUUUGCAGAAUAUCGGUGCUUCAAACAGCGAUGAUGCCUUUUAUAGGUACAAGAUGCCUAAGAUGAUAACAAAAAUUGAAGGUCGUGGCAAUGGCAUCAAGACUAACAUUGUGAACAUGGUUGAUAUUGCUAAAGCACUGGCUAGGCCUGCUUCUUAUACAACAAAAUAUUUUGGAUGUGAGUUGGGGGCACAGUCUAAAUUUGAUGAUAAGACAGGGGUUUCUUUGGUUAAUGGGGCCCAUGAUACUGCUAAGCUUGCUGGUCUGCUUGAGAAUUUUAUUAAGAAGUAUGUGCAAUGCUAUGGUUGUGGCAACCCUGAGACAGAGAUUAUUAUCACCAAGACCCAGAUGUUAACCCUAAAAUGUGCAGCCUGUGGAUUUGUGUCUGAUGUUGAUAUGAGGGACAAGCUGACCACCUUUAUUCUGAAGAACCCACCUGAGCAGAAGAAGGGAGCAAAGGAGAAGAAGGGAAUGAGGAGGGCUGAAAAGGAGAGGAUGAAAGAAGGCGACACUGCUGAUGAGGAACAGAAGAAGCUGAAGAAGGAAGCAAAGAAGAAAGGAGUCACCUCUACCAAGGAAGUAACCUCUUCAAAGGCUACCGCUGCUAAGAAGAAAGCUGGAGGUGGCUCUGAUGAGGAUUGUUCAGCUUCCCCUCUUGGCAGUCGAAAUGUUGCUGCCAAUGCUGCUGCUGAUGAUGACGAUGUCCAGUGGCAGACAGAUACCUCAUUGGAGGCAGCUCAACAGCGUAUCCAGGAACAGCUGAGUUCUGUGACAGCUGAGAUGGUAAUGCUCUCAACCAGUGAGUCCAUCCCAGAGAAGAAAACAGAAAAAGUAAACAAGGGAGUUACCAAUGGCAGUGUGAAACACGAGGAGAAAAAUGGUGCAGGCCAAAAUGCUGUCCUAUCCAACAGUUAUGACACAUUGCUAGGGAAGAUCAGAAACAAUUUGAACAAGGGAUCUACCCCCAGCCAGCUGCAGACUUUUCUGGGUUCUCUGACUGCAUCUCGUCCGGAGGUUAUGGCUGCUCUCUUUGAAGCUCUCUUUGAGGGAGUGGGGAAAGGGUUUUCCAAGGAGGUUGGGAAGAAAAAGAAGUACAUUGCUGCUGCUGUCCAUGGUGAAGACUCCCAGGUGCUUCUGCUCCAUGCUAUCGAAGCCUAUUGUGGCAAGUGUAGCCCAGAAGCUGUGAAAGAAGUUGCCCUUGUUGUGAAAGUACUUUACGAUGAUGACAUCCUGGAAGAAGAGACCAUAAUUAAGUGGUAUGAAGAAGGUACUGCAGGUGGCAAGAACUCUCAGGUAUUCAAAAAUGUGAAGCCCUUUGUGGAGUGGCUUCAGAGUGCAGAGUCUGAAUCCGAUGAAGAGUGACAACAUGCAUUUUUCAUUUGCGUUUGCUGUGGCUGUCAUCAUAGCAAGUCAUAUAAGUCUGAAUGUUUCAGAGUCGUAUGUGAAGGGCUCAUCUACCAAGCCCUCGUCGGUUUGAGUUGGUCUGUGUGAUGGUCAUAUCGUCGCUGUGCAAUAAGCUUGAUUGGUGUCCAAGCAGCGGAAAACAACUUUGUUGUAAUAAGUUUGGUUCAGUCAUUUGGAUUCUUUUAUCGUUGAAUGUGCUCAUGCUGGUUUUUCA